AUGAAGACCCUCGGCUUCCUGGGCGGCAUGACCUACCACUCGACCGCCCUCUACUACACCCUUAUCAACAGCCACAUCCAGCGGACCCUAGGCGGCUCCGCCUCCGCCUCGAUGAUCAUGCACUCGGUCAACCACGCCGAGACAGCCGCCCUCUUCACAGCCGGCCGCUGGGACGCCGUGGCCGAGCGGUUCAUCACGGCAGCAAAACACAUGCGCGCCGCAGGCGCCCAGGGCGUCGCCAUCGGCUGCAACAUCGGGCACAAGGUUGCCGCGGAGGUAGAGACCGGGUCUGGGCUGCCUGUGCUGCAUAUUGCGGAUUUCACGGCGGAGGCGGUGCGGCGGCGGGGGCUGGACAAGAUCGCGCUGCUGGCGACGCGGGCGGCUAUGGAGGGCGACUUCAUACGGGGCAGGCUGGGGGUGGAGGUGCUCGUGCCGGGCGAGGAGGAUAGGGCCGCUAUCGACAGGGCGGUGUUUGAGGAGCUCGGGGCGGGAAUUGUCACGGGGGAGACAAGGGCGAUGAUGGUGCGGGUCGUGGAGGGUUUGGUCGCGCAGGGGGUGCAGGCGGUGGUGCUGGCCUGUACGGAUUUGCAGUUCGUCUUGAAGCAGGAGGACGUCUCUGUGCCAUUGAUGGAUACCAUGGAGCUGCAUGCCAAGGGCCUCGCAGAUUGGGCACUCGAUGAUGAGAAAUGA